GACACUCAGUGAGCAGUAGGUGCCUGUGCAAGCUCGCGCCGCACACUGCCUGGUGGAGGGAAGGAGCCCGGGCGCCGGUCGCCGCUCCCCGCGCCGCCGCCCGCACCUCCCCACCGCCCGCCGCCCGCCGCCCGCCGCCCGCCGCCCGCAAAGCAUGAGUGAGCCCGCUCUCUGCAGCUGCCCGGGGCGCGAAUGGCAGGCUGUCUCCGCGGAGUAAAAGGUGGCGCCGGUCAGUGGUCGUUUCCAAUGACGGACAUUAACCAGACUGUCAAAUCCUGGGGAGUCGCGAGCCCCGAGUUUGGAGUUUUUUCCCCCCACAACGUCACAGUCCGAACUGCAGAGGGAAAGGAAGGCGGCAGGAAGGCGAAGCUCGGGCUCCGGCACGUAGUUGGGAAACUUGCGGGUCCUAGAAGUCGCCUCCCCGCCUUGCCGGCCGCCCUUGCAGCCCCGAGCCGAGCAGCAAAGUGAGACAUUGUGCGCCUGCCAGAUCCGCCGGCCGCGGACCGGGGCUGCCUCGGAAACACAGAGGGGUCUUCUCUCGCCCUGCAUAUAAUUAGCCUGCACACAAAGGGAGCAGCUGAAUGGAGGUUGUCACUCUCUGGAAAAGGAUUUCUGACCGAGCGCUUCCAAUGGACAUUCUCCAGUCUCUCUGGAAAGAUUCUCGCUAAUGGAUUUCCUGCUGCUCGGUCUCUGUCUAUACUGGCUGCUGAGGAGGCCCUCGGGGGUGGUCUUGUGUCUGCUGGGGGCCUGCUUUCAGAUGCUGCCCGCCGCCCCCAGCGGGUGCCCGCAGCUGUGCCGGUGCGAGGGGCGGCUGCUGUACUGCGAGGCGCUCAACCUCACCGAGGCGCCCCACAACCUGUCCGGCCUGCUGGGCUUGUCCCUGCGCUACAACAGCCUCUCGGAGCUGCGCGCCGGCCAGUUCACGGGGUUAAUGCAGCUCACGUGGCUCUAUCUGGAUCACAAUCACAUCUGCUCCGUGCAGGGGGACGCCUUUCAGAAACUGCGCCGAGUUAAGGAACUCACGCUGAGUUCCAACCAGAUCACCCAACUGCCCAACACCACCUUCCGGCCCAUGCCCAACCUGCGCAGCGUGGACCUCUCGUACAACAAGCUGCAGGCGCUCGCGCCCGACCUCUUCCACGGGCUGCGGAAGCUCACCACGCUGCAUAUGCGGGCCAACGCCAUCCAGUUUGUGCCCGUGCGCAUCUUCCAGGACUGCCGCAGCCUCAAGUUUCUCGACAUCGGAUACAAUCAGCUCAAGAGUCUGGCGCGCAACUCUUUCGCCGGCUUGUUUAAGCUCACCGAGCUGCACCUCGAGCACAACGACUUGGUCAAGGUGAACUUCGCCCACUUCCCGCGCCUCAUCUCCCUGCACUCGCUCUGCCUGCGGAGGAACAAGGUGGCCAUUGUGGUCAGCUCGCUGGACUGGGUUUGGAACCUGGAGAAAAUGGACUUGUCGGGCAACGAGAUCGAGUACAUGGAGCCCCAUGUGUUCGAGACCGUGCCGCACCUGCAGUCCCUGCAGCUGGACUCCAACCGCCUCACCUACAUCGAGCCCCGGAUCCUCAACUCUUGGAAGUCCCUGACAAGCAUCACCCUGGCCGGGAACCUGUGGGACUGCGGGCGCAACGUGUGUGCCCUAGCCUCGUGGCUCAGCAACUUCCAGGGGCGCUACGAUGGCAACUUGCAGUGCGCCAGCCCGGAGUACGCACAGGGCGAGGACGUCCUGGACGCCGUGUACGCCUUCCACCUGUGCGAGGAUGGGGCCGAGCCCACCAGCGGCCACCUGCUCUCGGCCGUCACCAACCGCAGUGAUCUGGGGCCCCCUGCCAGCUCGGCCACCACGCUCGCGGACGGCGGGGAGGGGCAGCACGACGGCACAUUCGAGCCUGCCACCGUGGCUCUCCCAGGCGGCGAGCACGCCGAGAACGCCGUGCAGAUCCACAAGGUGGUCACGGGCACCAUGGCCCUCAUCUUCUCCUUCCUCAUCGUGGUCCUGGUGCUCUACGUGUCCUGGAAGUGUUUCCCAGCCAGCCUCAGGCAGCUCAGACAGUGCUUUGUCACGCAGCGCAGGAAGCAAAAGCAGAAACAGACCAUGCAUCAGAUGGCUGCCAUGUCUGCCCAGGAAUACUACGUUGAUUACAAACCGAACCACAUUGAGGGAGCCCUGGUGAUCAUCAACGAGUAUGGCUCGUGUACCUGCCACCAGCAGCCCGCGAGGGAAUGCGAGGUGUGAUUGUCCCAGUGGCUCUCAACCCAUGCGCUACCAAAUACGCCUGGGCAGCCGGGACGGGCCGGCGGGCACCAGGCUGGGGUCUCCUUGUCUGUGCUCUGAUAUGCUCCUUGACUGAAACUUUAAGGGGAUCUCUCCCAGAGACUUGACAUUUUAGCUUUAUUGUGUCUUAAAAACAAAAGCGAAUUAAAACACAACAAAAAACCCCACCCCACAACCUUCAGGACAGUCUAUCUUAAAUUUCAUAUGAGAACUCCUUCCUCCCUUUGAAGAUCUGUCCAUAUUCAGGAAUCUGAGAGUGUAAAAAAGUUCUGUCAACAGAUUCAGUCCCCAGUCCUCCUUCUCUGAGCAGACUUCUCAUCUGCAGCAUAUACCUGCUAGAUCUUCUAAGAGCUGAAAUGGAGACUUCUGGAAGAAGGCGGGAAAGAAAUCCAUCUCGGCUUAAUUAACCAUUUAUCGCAUCAUAUUACUCCCAUCUUAAAAGUGCACGUGUUGUUUUUCUGAACCCUCACACAAAGGCUACUACUGUGGUCCCAUAUCUGUCGGCCCAUGAGAAACAGUGUUCUUGGACCUCACAGCCAAGCAGCAUUGAACUGCAGCAAAAUCCAGCAACACAUUCAGCAGCGAGCAGCCUGCUGAGCUCCACUGGUUUAUCCGGGGCCACCAACCCCAAAGAACUGGGAUGAAAGCAGAUGUGAGAGAGGAAAAGGAUCUGUUUUUGUUUUAUUUUCUACCAGGCCCAGCUCUUUGUGGGGGGAAUAAAAAAGAAGAAAAAUCGAGCUCCAAGCUGGUGCCCUGCCAAGCUUCCUCCCCUCCCUUCCUAGUCCAAGCACUCCACCGUCUGUGCAGACUGCAUAACAGCAAUUUCUGGAAACAGGCUGAAGAAUCUGGGCCAGUCCAGAGGCAGUGGAUUCCUGGUUUAUGUGUGGUGGGGUUUUUAGGAAUUUUAUUUUUCACCUUAAUUCUUUCAACAACUGCCAGCUGUUUGAAGCACAUCUGUAAUAAACAGCUUCUGUUUGUAAAAUGAGACUGAAGGUAUCCUCUCCAGAGAAAUUCCUGAAUCUUCUCUGUAGUUCAAUGCCUUCACUGACAGUUUGGCUCAAAAAGUACGAGUGUGGUAAAUAUUAAAGAAUGUUAAUACAAAUGUAAUGAAA